CGGGGCGCUGGAUAUAUAUUUUAUUGUUUGCGAAAAAUUCGCGACGGUUCGGUGCUGGUGCGUUGUGGAUAUCUUUUUUUUUAUUUCGAUAAUUCGAGUGAAUUUUGUUUGUUGUUCGACAGUGAUUGUUUGAAAUUGUGUUUGCUAUCAACGAUAUUGGAAUGUCGUCGCCGAAUCGAGACCCCGAAAUCAACGUCGUCUCCAGCCCGGAAUCGUCCAGCAGGAACGCUUCCCCGGAACCGGACACCUAUCGCUUGAUCAACCACGGCCCCCACGCCGCCUAUCCCCUCAUCAAAACCGUCGACGACGACAACGACAGAACCGACAAGGAGGCGAAGGCCAAAUCAGCCGGCGGCUCCACCAACUUCUCCAUCUCCAGCAUAUUGAGCAGAGCCGAUCCGACGGUGAAGAAGAACGGCUUCAUGGGAACCGUCCACGGCGGAGGCGGCGUCCUCGAAACCGGCCUGGCUGGCGCCGCCGACGGCGGAGUGUUAUCCAGAUUAGGAUUGAUGUCGCAUUUCGGCGCAUUAGCAGCAGCGAGCAGCCGAUAUGCUGCGUUAUGCGGCACACCGACAGAUCCCAGGACCCUGCCUUGGUACUGGGGCAGGAUACCUUCUCAGAUUCCCAAGGAACAAUCCAGUCCUAACGGCGGUUCGACGACGGAAGAACCGAGCCCGCCAACGUCGCCGCGCGACAACCAACAGUCGUUGAACAACAACCAGGAGAGCCGCUCGUCGAGACCGUCUUCGCCGUCGGACCACCAGCGUUCGCCGACGUCGAGCCCCAACAACUCCACCAUCAUAUCCGCCUCGCAUCCGGCCUUCCUCGACCAGAAUUACCUCAGCAUGCGCUCGAAGAGCCCCUUCAGGGACAACGAUAAUCUCGUCAUCGAGGAGGACGUCGAGGACGAGGAGAGCGACUACGACAACGACAAGGACAAGAAGGCCAACAACGCUGGCAUGAGUCCCGGCAAUUCGAUGUCUAACAAGAGGAAAAAGAAGACGAGAACGGUGUUCUCGAGGUCGCAGGUGUUCCAGCUGGAGAGCACCUUCGACAUGAAGCGGUACCUGUCGAGCUCCGAGCGCGCCGGACUGGCGGCCAGUCUGCAUCUCACCGAAACUCAGGUGAAAAUCUGGUUUCAAAACCGCCGAAACAAAUGGAAGCGACAGCUGGCGGCGGAGUUGGAGGCGGCCAAUAUGGCGCACGCGGCUCAACGUUUGGUGCGAGUGCCGAUUUUGUACCACGAAUCGGCCAACGGUUCGAUCAGGCACCCGUUCGACCAGAACCACCCGCUGGGAUUGCACCAUCCGCUGGAGGGGCGGGAUAGCGCCGGUGCGGGCGGCAGUUCGGUGGUGUCGAGUCCCGGUUAUCCGAGUAGUUUGUACUAUCACCACCAGGCGGCGGUGGCGGCGGCGGUGCAUAGUUUACCGUCGAGUCCAGUGAGUAGGCCACCCAUGUCCGGAUUGGUGUGAAUCGGCUUGGUUCCGAUAAGUUAUGCCAAUAUACCUAAUAGAUAAAAUCCGAGAAAGUGAUAUUUGAUUUGUAUAUAUAAAAUAAAAUGGGUUUAGUGCAACAAAACGCUUCGUUUUUCUAUAUGUAUCGUACAAAAAAUCACAAAUCGCUUCGUUUCGUUUUUCUCUUUGAAACUGCUCAAAAUAAAUAAAAAAAUAUAUAUUGUGAUUUUUUGUAAUUUGUGCAAAAUGUGACAUAAUAAUAAAGUUAUUGUACAUAGUUUUUUUUUCUUAAAUGUAUUUUUUUUUCUGUAGGUAUAUAUUUUGUACAUAUUUCGAUUUGUAAGCAUCGG